AGAUAUAGCAGAGAUGGAAGAGCCGCAUCCCAUCCGAACCACCUGUGCCACUGAUGGUGCAAAGGCGGUGGCGUGGCGUGACAUGGUUGCGGCGGUGGGCCUACCCCAGGUCCGCGCGCGUUAUCUUCGGAUGAGGCCGAUUCAUUAAUAUUUAAUAUCAUUUAUAGCUGGAAAUCCUGCAUGGGGUUACAUCGAUCUGAGCGCUCGCGUGAGGAAUUAGGAAGGAGGCCACGCUGCGCCAAUGACAGCUUCAGAUCGGACGUCCUCGCCAGUGCAGCCUCCAAUGACAAUGCCGCAUCCCGAGCAGCGGCCGAGUACAGUCGCAGUCGCAGUCGGAGCGACAAUCGAGCUAAUUAAGUAGGAGCUUAGUUGCAAGGGCAGCAUGUGCGAGCCCCCACCAGUCCCUGCUGCCCUUCCAGCCGCUCUUUUCAUAUAUGAACCGCUCUCCUCCCUUUGUUCGCAUGUCGAUGUAUCUUCUCUUCUCUCCUCUCCUCUUCUUCCUAUACAGGAUUUGGAAAAGGUCGCCGAGCCUACCGUGGCUGCCGCCACUGGCGUGCACAUCAGCGACGCUGAGGAGGCUAUCCAGCACGUCAAGAACCUCAAGAAGCAGCACCAAUGGGACCCGAAUCUGCCCGAGGAUGUCUACGACGAGAUUGAUGAGGUGCUGGAAGGCCACGAUGGUGCCCAUCAGGUCGACAUCGCCGCCGAGCUCCUCGAGAACUCGCCCUACCCCGAAGUGCGCGCGGCCGUGCCCAACUACGACGAGGGUGGCCACAGCAACACCAUUCGCGCAUGGGUCAUUGGCCUGAUCCUGGCCACCGUUGGCUCGGGCCUGAACACCCUCUUCUCCAUGCGCAAUCCAUACAUUGUCAUUCCCAGCUACGUCGCCCAGGUCGUCGCAUACCCGCUGGGCAAGGCCUGGGAGAUGUGGCUCCCCGCAUGGGAGUUCUCGUUCUUUGGUAUCAAGUGCAAUCUCAACCCCGGCCCCUUCAGCAAGAAGGAGCACACCAUUACUGUCCUCAUGGCCAACGCCAGCUUCAACGGCGGUGCUGCCUAUGCCACCGACGUGCUACUGGCUCAGCGUGCUUUUUACAAGCAGCGCUACGGCUGGGGCUUUGAACUGCUCUUGUGCAUUUCCACCCAGAUGAUUGGUUUCGGCUUUGCCGGUUUCUUCACCCGUUUCUUGGUCCAACCGUCCGCCAUGAUCUGGCCCCAGAACCUCAUCAACGCCAGUUUGUUCACUGCCUUGCAUGACCAUCGCAGUCCCGACCCGUCCAAGACCAGUGGCUGGAGGAUUGGAAAGUACCGUCUGUUCUUGUACACCAUGAUUGCCUCGUUUGUCUGGUACUGGUUCCCCGGCUAUAUCGCUCCUUUCUUGAGUGUCUUUGCCUGGGUGACGUGGAUCAAGCCAAACAACGUGGUCAUCAAUCAGCUCUUCGGUGGCUGGACAGGCCUGUCUCUGAUCCCGAUGACCUUUGACUGGACCCAGAUUUCGGGCUUCAACUUCUCCCCUUUGAUCUCGCCGUGGUUCGGUAUCGCAAAUACCUUGCUUGGUAUGUUCUGCUGGUACUGGAUUGUCGUCUUGGGUGUGCACUUCAAGGGCUUGUUCUAUGCCAAGUACCUGCCCAUCAGUGACUCCAACAGCUACGACAACACUGGCAGCCCGUAUAAGGUUGCCAAUAUUUUGAAUGCCGAUGGUACUUUCAACCUGCAAAAGUACAAGGAUUACUCUCCUCUAUUUUUGUCCACAACCUUUGCCAUUUGCUAUGGCUUGUCGUUUGCCACUAUGAUCGCCGUGAUUGUUCACACCGGAUUAUUCCACGGUAAGGAGCUGUGGAUUCGUCUCAAGAACUUUGGCAAGGAGGAAGAAGACGUUCAUGCUCGUCUGAUGUCCCGCUUCAAUCCCGUUCCAUUGUGGUGGUACGGCGCCAUCUUGCUGGCCAUGAUUGGUAUUUCUCUUGGUAUCUGCCUUGGCUAUCCCACUCACCUGUCUUGGUGGGCAUUCUUCGUUGCUCUUAUUAUUGCCAUUGUCUGGUUUAUUCCCAUUGGUAUCGUGCAGGCCACUACCAAUAUCCAGAUUGGUCUCAAUGUCAUCACCGAGUUUAUUAUCGGUUACAUGCAACCCGGUCGUCCAAUGGCCAUGAUGUUGUUCAAGACAUAUGGUUAUAUUGGUAUGUUGCAGGGUCUGUUCUUCUGCCAGGACAUGAAGCUCGGACAUUACAUGAAGGUUCCACCACGUGUCACCUUCUCCGCACAAAUGGUUGCUACUCUGUGGACAGCCAUUGUUCAGAUUGGCGUCAUGAACUGGGCUCUGGGAGCUAUCUCGAAUGUGUGCAGUCAAGACCAGGUGAACCAUUUCAGCUGUCCCAACGGUCGCGUCUUCUUCAACGCCUCCAUCAUCUGGGGUGCCAUCGGACCCCAGCGUAUCUUCUCCCCUGGUUCUACCUACUCCCCCAUGCUCUGGUUCUUCCUUGCCGGUGCUAUCCUUCCUGUGCUCGUCUACAUUGGUGCUCGUGUGUGGCCCAAGUCUCCCAUCCGCUACCUCAACGCUCCCAUCAUCUUCGGUGGUGCCGGUCUUAUCCCGCCUGCCACCCCUCUUAACUAUCUUUCCUGGGGCAUUGUAGGCUUCAUCUUCAACAAGUGGAUCAAGGACCGCUGGCGUGGCUGGUGGAUGUACUACAACUACGUGUUCAGUGCUGGCUUGGAUGUCGGUCUUGCCCUGUGUACCAUCCUCAUCUUUGUUGCUCUCCAGCUUUGGAACUACGAGAUGACGAGCUGGUGGGGUACUAACAUUGCCGCCAACACUCUGGAUGCCUCGUAUAGCGCUAUUCAAGUGACUGGUGAGAAGUUCGGUCCUGCUACUUGGUAUCAGAUUCUCCGCCAUCCAGACCAUGACCCGUACAAUACUGCAUCAAAACAUAUGCCAUCGCACGUCCAGUUUGAGCACGGGGGAGUGGUAUCAAAUAAGAAGAACAGCAAGUUUAUUGAUAAAUACAACACCUACAAGGCGAUGUGUAUCAUUGGAGAAAACUAUAACCUGUACUACUCGGUCUGGUGUGAGGGUGACCAUGAAGUAUAUGAUAUGAGUAUUACCACCUUUGCUGAGGUAGCUAACGCCUUCCAGAUUGGAUAUGGCUUCAGUUUCGAACUUUCGGUCUUCCUCUCCGCACUUGUACUCCUUGCCGGUGGUGACCUACUCACUGGUAUCUACAGCAUUGGAGGGCCAGGCUCGCGCGUACCUAACACGUUGGGCCUUGCUCCUGGCAUGUCCUCACAUGGUGUUUUCGAGAUUGACGGAAGCAUAACCCGUGAGGAUACUUCGGAAAUAACGCAAACUUCAUCCUGCAGAGAUGGAAUGAAUAUGUGGAAAUUGCCGAUAGACAUGGAGGCCAGUUUGGAGCUGAGACACAGGCUGAGGGCUAUGGCCUCCGCUAUGACAACUCGCGCCACCAACCCGGUAUUCUACGCUGCUGCGAUUUGGUUUACCGUCUCCCAUGCCGAGCGCGUCUUUGUCUAUGAAGGGUUUGCUAACGGUACUGACCAAAAUGCGGACUGGGAUAAUAUUGCACCUUUCUUCCUGAAUGAAACGUUCCCAUCGAAUUGCAAUCCACGCAUUCUGGGAGGCAACGAAGGAUCUGUCAACAAUUUUGUGCCCUUUUUCUUAUCUGUCAAUUUAACAGAGUUGGCUGCAGGCCCAGCAGGACUUGGCUGCUGGGUCGUUGAAAAUCUUCUGGAUGUAAUGCCCGGACAGAUCCGUCAGCUUCUUCUCGACAACUCAGAGUUAUACAAUGGCUUCAUCAAGAGAGUUGUAGCUCCACUGUUCACCGAGGAUGACUUCUUCAACUGCAACUUCGGCAACUUUAUAGAGCCGGGUUACUCUGCAGGCUACAAUGAUACUAUCGUCCAAAGCGCUUCGAGAAGCCCAGUUAAUGUAGCAUAUGCAGGUAUUGGUGUUAUCAAGCCUCACUCGCAGCCAUCCUAG